AUGGCGACUACUCAGUCUACCGACACCCUCCCUUCGUCUGUGCCUAAGCUUGAUCCUAGCGGCGUCAACUGGCCGAUAUUCGCUGAGCGUUUCCAAGAGGCUGUGGCCUCAAAGAAGCUCUGGGGUCACUUCUCUGGGUCCGUUACUCGUCCUCAGCCUGCUGGUACUACGCCGACGGAUGAUGAGAAAGAGAAGGCUCAGAAGUGGGACGAUGAUGAGGCUACGGCACGUUACCUUCUAUCGCAGAAGCUCCCUGACUCUGCGUUGAUGAAGAUCCGCCGGUAUGGGACCGUAGCGGAGCGCUGGGCGGCAAUUCAGCUGGACUUCACCUCGAAGGGCAUGUUUGCACAGACCGACCUU